CAAACAUGUUCCAAUAACGGGCGAUAUAUUAUCUGCUGCUAUUUGCAGUUUGCUGUACCCGGGCGCCAGACUGAGCUUGAGCAAAAACCUGCAGCGCUUUUCUUAUUAAUCUUCUGUGAUGGAAACGGCCUCAAAAGGAAUGGCAUCUGCAAAGCAGCUGGCAGAAAAGAGAAAUCUAACCCAUACCCCUGGCACUAUGAGCACCUUGCCAAAAACAACACAUUCAUCUGAACCUGAGCUCUAAGAGGAGAGAAGAUGGCAGGAGGUGUGGAGAGGAACACAGUGAUGGGGAAUAGAUUAGUAUUAUAUGUGAGGCUGUUGGCAGUGAGUGCAUUACUGGGAACUGAUCUGAGCGGGUUAGGCCUGAAAGAACAGGUUGCGGUCAUUGCCCAGAACACUGAGAGAAGAGUAUUAGCACAUAUCCCUGGUGACAUCAUCAUAGGAGCUCUCUUCUCUGUCCACCACCAACCACCUGCGGACAAGGUCCAUGAGCGAAAGUGUGGUGCGGUGCGUGAGCAGUAUGGGAUCCAGAGAGUGGAAGCCAUGAUGCACACUCUGGAUCGAAUUAACGCAGACCCCACAAUCCUCCCAAAUAUCACUCUCGGCUGCGAGAUCAGGGACUCGUGCUGGCACUCUGCGGUGGCGCUGGAGCAGAGUAUCGAGUUCAUUCGGGACACGCUAGUGUCCAAUGAAGAGGAGGAGAACCAGGGCAGGUGUACUGCAGAGGCAGGGAGUUUGCUGGUGCAAGGGAAGAAGCCCAUUGUGGGACUGAUUGGACCAGGAUCCAGCUCUGUGGCCAUCCAGGUGCAAAAUCUCCUCCAGCUCUUCAACAUCCCACAGAUAGCAUACUCAGCCACUAGCAUGGAUCUCAGUGACAAGAGCCUGUAUAAAUAUUUCAUGAGGGUGGUGCCAUCAGAUAUGCAACAGGCCAGAGCCAUGGUGGACAUUGUCAAGAGAUAUAGCUGGAGCUACGUGUCGGCAAUACACACAGAGGGUAAUUAUGGUGAGAGUGGUAUGGAGGCAUUUAAAGACAUGGCAGCAAAGGAGGGGAUCUGCAUCGCCCAUUCUGAUAAGAUAUAUAGCAACGCAGGGGAACAGAGAUUUGAUAAGCUGUUGCAGAAGCUACGAGGCCACCUGCCCAAAGCCAGAGUGGUGGCCUGCUUCUGCGAGGGCAUGACAGUCCGAGGCAUACUGAUGGCCAUGAGACGACAACGCCUGGUGGGAGAGUUUCUGCUGGUUGGAAGUGAUGGCUGGGCGGACAGGUAUGAUGUGACAGAUGGCUACCAGAAGGAGGCAGCAGGUGGAAUCACUAUAAAGCUAAAGUCGGCUUAUGUGACCUGGUUUGAUGAUUAUUACCUGAACCUGAAGCCUAAUGCCAACCUGAGGAACCCCUGGUUCCCUGAGUUCUGGCAGCAUCGCUUCCAGUGCAGGUUGAGGGGACAUCCGCAGGAGAGCAGCAUGUACAACCGCACCUGCACUUGGAAAGAGUCUCUGCGACAUCAGUAUGCCCAAGACACCAAGAUGGGCUUUGUCAUAAAUGCCAUAUAUUCAAUGGCUUAUGGCCUGCAUGCCAUGCAGGAAGCCCUCUGUCCAGGAUAUAAGGGUCUUUGUGAGUCCAUGCGGCCCAUUGAUGGCCGCAAGCUGCUGGAAUUCCUGAUGAAAACCAACUUUACUGGUGUAUCUGGGGAGACCAUCCUCUUUGACCAGAAUGGAGACUCACCUGGCAGGUAUGAAAUCAUGAACUUCAAGCGAAUAGGGGAGGAUGAGUACGCUUAUAUCCAUGUGGGCAGCUGGGAUCAGGGUGGCCUACAGAUGAACGAUGAGGAAAUCUGGAGUAACAACAGUGACAUGUCUGUGAUCCAAUCAGUCUGCUCUGAGCCUUGCCAGAAGGCACAGAUCAAGGUGAUCCGUAAAGGAGAGGUGAGCUGCUGUUGGACUUGCACUCCCUGCAAGGAGAACGAGUUUGUGUUUGAUGAGUACACUUGUCGAGCCUGUGUCCUUGGCUCCUGGCCCACAGAUGACCUCACUGGUUGUGAGCCAAUUCCGGUGCAGUAUGUGCGCUGGGGAGAUCCAGAGCCCAUCGCUGCAGUGGUCUUUGCCUGUCUGGGCCUCAUGGCUACACUUUUUGUUACUUCUGUCUUUAUCAAAUUUUGGGACACUCCUGUGGUCAAGUCAUCCAGUCGUGAGCUCUGCUACAUCAUCCUGGCUGGAAUAUGCUUGGGCUACCUGUGCACCUUUAGCCUUAUUGCCAAGCCCCACAUAGUCUACUGCUACCUCCAGCGGCUGGGAAUUGGCCUGUCCCCUGCCAUGAGCUACUCUGCCCUGGUCACUAAGACCAACCGAAUAGCACGGAUUUUGGCAGGCAGCAAGAAGAAGAUCUGCACCAAGAAACCGCGCUUUAUGUCCGCCUGCGCACAGUUGGUCAUCGCCUUCCUACUCAUACUGCUGCAGCUGGGGAUUAUUGUGGCACUUCUUAUCAUAGAGCCACCACAGGUGAUCUAUGACUACCCCAGUAUCCGGGAGGUACACUUGAUCUGCAAUCUGACCACUCUGGGGGUGGUGGCGCCCCUGGGCUACAAUGGCCUACUUAUCCUUAGCUGCACCUUCUACGCCUUCAAGACGCGUAAUGUUCCGGCUAAUUUUAAUGAGGCCAAGUAUAUUGCCUUUACCAUGUACACCACCUGUAUCAUCUGGCUGGCCUUUGUUCCUAUUUACUUUGGCUCCAACUACAAGAUCAUAACCAUGUGUUUUAGUGUCAGCCUCAGUGCCACGGUGGCUCUCUGUUGCAUGUUUGUCCCAAAGGUGUACAUCAUGCUCGCCAAGCCUGAGAAAAAUGUCCGGAGUGCUUUCACAACAUCCACAGUGGUGCGCAUGCAUGUAAGUGAUGUCAAGAAAGCUGCCAAGUCCAAAUCCUCUAGCAGCAUGGCCAACUUUUUUCGACGCCGUGGGUCUGCGCAGGACGACAUCAGUUCCAAUGGGAAAUCGGUGACAUGGGCGCAGAAUGAGCGCAGCUACAGACCAAACCUAUGGAAGAGGAUGUCGUUCCAUGUCAAGAAAAAGGAGGCAGUCGAGGUGAACCAGACAGCCAUCAUCAAGCCCUUCUCUAAAGGAGGAGAUACACCUGCGGACGCUGGCGUCACAGAGCAGUACGAGGAGCCACAGGUGUCUCAGCCCUUCACCUGCUCCACUGCUCAGUCACCUCUGCCCACUAUCAGCCUGCAUGCAGCGAAGGCACGGGGCUUCCAGGGAGGAGAGGAUGGAGAGGAGCCACAGGCUUUACCCACCUACGUACCUGAGCACCCUGCUGGGGUCAGAAGAAGAGGCGGGGACAACAGCCAGGGCGGAGGUAUGCCGGAUGGAGCGGACAUUAGUAUCAUAGGUGUGGGCGACAUCGGCAUAGGGAUUAUUGGCAGCCAACCUCAGGGCACCACCAUCAUGGACCAAAUCAGCUGUGUGGUGAACCGUUUCACUGCCAACAUUAGUGAGCUGAACACCAUGAUGCUGCCAGGGGGAGCUACCGUCAGCCCCACCUCCACCACUGCUCUGCCCACAGCUGCCGAUGCAGCCCCCUGCCCACCUCAGUACCUUGGAUCCAGGAGCAGACAGGCCCCCUCCACUGUCACCACAUAUGCUGAGGUCGCGGCCGUCUCCAAUUUCUGUGAGAACCGACCAACAGGUAAGAUUUAUGAGCACCUGGCCGGGACUUGCGUGAGUGGCAGGCGUGCUAAGGAUAUGGAGGAGCUGGUGGCUCUGACGCCUCCCUCCCCCUUUAGAGACUCGUCUCUGAGCUCCGACGGCAGCUCGCCUCCAUCGCUGUCUCCGGCCUCUGAGGCUGAAUAUGACCAGCUGCUGCUGAAACACUACAGCCACAGCUCCUCUUCUCUCUAAACCUGCUCUCUCUACACCGUGAUCUCCCUGUUUAUUAUUUCUUUGGGAGUAUUUUACACUCCAAAAGACAAAGCUUCAGACUGGACCAAACUUUUGGAUGCCUUUCUACGUGUGGAUGUUCUGAAUGUUUAAGCAAUUUGUGAAAUAAUUUUCAUUUUCAGAUUGGAUUUAAUGCACCCACACAUGGCUACACUGAGGGGUAUGUGAGAAAAAUACCAGUGGGAAGACUGCAAAUUAUAAAUGCUGAAAUGAAGCUGAGCAAUGUCAGUGCUUCUUUUUUUUUCCCAAGUCAGUAAAAAAAACGGUGACAAACUGAAACACACAUCUGGGCAUUUUACUUUUAAAUUACUUUUACAGGUACUGACAGGGGUUUCUACAGUAUCUCAGUUUUAAACUGUUCAAGUUCCAGAAUACAAAUGUAAUUCUACAAUUAUGUGUUUAUUUCAUUAUAAAAUGGUUAUCUAUCAUAAGUGGGGGAAAUUUACCAAAUAUUUCUGUUCAUAUAUUGAAUCUCAAAAUGGCAUUUGAAUUGUUUAUGUAAGGUAUUAGAAUACUAAAGAUGUUUUUCAGUUUUUUAAUUUUGCAUAGAAAGCUGGGUUUGUUUUUUAUUGCUACUACAUAUAAUUGCUGUUGACUUUCUGUACAUGUGAUGUUUUUGUUACUGACAAAUUGCCCUAGUCUUUAAUAUUGUGAGACCCAGGUGGAUACAGAUUGUAUCAGCAUGAAGACAUCUGUUCAGAACAUAAAAGCUCACAUAACUUUGCCUGAAAUCAAAAGGUCAAACUAACUAAUUUGCUGUCAAUCCUGUAAGGCAUUGUGUAUCCCAAAUGAGAAAGGGUAAAGAUUCUGCAUUGUGCAAAUCAGGACGCAGGAUUUUUCUGUGUGGAGAGUUCUCAAUGACCUUCCCUUGUCUUGGAAAGGAAACAUUUAUGAAGAGUGAAACCAUCCUGAGAAGACAGGCGCUCUUUACAUCUCAAGGGAAUGUACUGUAAGACAUUGUCUCAGUGGAUGCAACACCAUGAGGUGUCUAACCAACAAAGAGCUUAUGGACUACUUGGAUGUCUUCUUUAAUUAUUUUCUCUAGAUGUGACAUAGUUGAAUGUACGAUACAUUAUCAAUUGAAGUGGGCCAAAAUGAUCUUCCACCUCAGGAUGUGUCUCAACCAAAAUACUUUCCAACUUCACUGCUGAAUGAGCACUGUCAUCUGUUGGCUCAAAAUGUUUCCAGUUUGCAUGAUGUCAAGAUUUGUUUGCACUCCUUAUGUUAUAUUUCUAAUGAAUCAAGAAUUUUGAUUGUUGUACAUGUCAAACCAGUUAAGAUUUAUAGAUACAGUAGCAAAGUAAUGAUACUAUUAUUGAUGUUGAUGUGUUUUUAAGAUUAGUUUUAGGAGAAGAGAAACAAACUGAAAGUGUGCUAGAUUUUCUUAGACAUCUAUUGCGAAACAGCUUGUUUCCAGCCUGGCUUUUUACCUACAUAUGUGCCAAUGUCUCCUUGCAUUAAAUUGCAUUGCAUUUCUAUAAAUGGGCUCACAUUAGGAAUCCUUCUGUGAGCCCAUUUAGAUUCUAGUCUUUCAAGCAUUCAGGCAUUAUAAGGAGAGCAUUAAUAUUUUUAUAAUAUUUUAUGAUAAUUUGACUAUGUUAUUUCUUAUGCUUGAACAUUUUCAAUGAAUAUUAUUUGUUAUUAUUUUUUUGUAUCUGCCUUUUAGCCUCUCUGAGGAUGUAGAUUAAUAAUAGUAUUGAUUCACUGACAGGAGAAAUAACUGAUGAUGUUUACGUGGGGGCUAGCUUGUGUUUUUUUUAUCAGAUGGGGGUUUUUUUACGUUGGUUUCAGUCCUUAUUUUUGUGUUUACACAAGCAGGAAUGUGUUCAUGUUUUUUGUAAUGUGCAGUAUUUUCUACUGGUUUUCAAUGUAAAAAUCAUCAUAGACAGUUGCCGUAUGUGCAUGCAGGUUUGUGCCAACUGAAAUUUUGUAGGUCCAUUUAUAUGAAUAAUUCACUGAUAUAACCUACAGAAGACAUUUGUGUUGGUCUUAUCUCUGCAUCUGCUUUUCAGAUAGCCAGAAUUAACUAUGUAGACGUGCUGCAUUAAAGGUUUCCGUCCAAAAUGCAAUAUAUUUUUUUUGCAAUAUAUGGUAAAUGCUCCAUAUUUGCGUUCUAGAAAUUUUUCAUUUCAUUUCAUGCAAUUAUAGGAAUAAUAAUUUAUCUCAAAAUUAUAGUACUGUGCCAUACUUAUUUACAUUCCUGCAGCAACAACUUUGAAAUAAUAGGGUGGAAAUAACAGGGUGGAUAAGUCAUUUUUGAAUGACUUAAAAAUCCAAAUUUUGUUUUUAUCAUGCUGCUAAGAACUGGAUCGUGUGCAGCAUUAUUUCUGGACUUUUCUUUUCUGGAGUAGAUGUUACUUAUGAACCUUUUCUAAAUAAGAAGAUAACUGUGUCAACUGUAUCACAGUGCGAUAAUUAAUAAACCUAAAGGGAAAUAGGGUUUCUAGGGCACUCUUUAUUAAAUAACAUGCCAUAUAAUUUCCUAUGCCAUAAAUGUAGACCAAAAUUGCUCAGCGAAAUUAAUAUUCACAAGAUGGUGGGUUAAGUUUAUUAGUAGUUAGAGUGUAAUAGCUUUGAGGAGCCCAGAGAGGCAGCAGGUGGUAUCUGCUGUUACAUGGGCUCCUAUCCUCACUGAUAUAAUGGCAGGGGUGGUGACGCUCACUAUAAUGUACUACAAUUUAACAGCACCACAAAAUGCAGCCUCAAAACGACCACAAACACUGAACAUUAUAACCAUCAUGAAGAUAUGGAUUUAUUGCAGAAACAAAUGAAGUGUCAACUAAGUAUAAAUUCUUCUUUACAGAUAAUAGUCUUUAAACGCACACACUUCUGCUUGGAGAGUUUACUGUCCCAAAACUGGAAGCAUUUGAUUUCUCUCACUCCUACAGUCCACUUUAGAUUCACAUGAUGAAAACUCAUGUGGGUCAAGUGCAUCGGUGUUGGGUGUGCAGAAACAUAUGUAUAAUCACAUGCUUACUCAUAAACACAAAAUUCUCUGCAUUCUGGUCAGUUUUACCGUACCAACACCUGCCUUUCCUGCAUCAAUUUAUGGUGGAAAUAUGGUGGGGUCUAAUGCAAUAUGGCACUGAGGCAUUCUGUAUUGCCUUCAAAUAUGUAUUCUACUUUAGAUAACAAUUUCUCAUUUAAUAUCAUCCCACACUUAUAUGUGUCAACUGUCACAACCCAGCUCAACAGCAAGUGACAAAAGCGGGAAACCACACAGUCUGAAAAUAAUAAUAGAUAUUUUAAUAACUAAAUUAAGCAAAAUAUACAAUUGUAGGUGUCUGUCAGAUCAGUAUGUAUGCAGUGUAUGUGUGAGUGGAGUGUAUGGGUGUAGAACACAAAGAACCAAACAAAACAGAAUCAGUCGGCACGCCAGGAGAAGAGGGAGCCAAAUCAUCAAGCAGGCUCCUUUGUAGCCACCUGAGCCCUCCCUGCUCAGGUGUGUUGCAUCUCACACCAGGUAUCAACUCCACCAACCAAUUACCUAGAUUAAAGGGACAAAACACAGCAAGAUACAACAACAAGAGAGGGCCCACACCUGGGGCCAUCCCACAACACACAUGUAGGGUGUUGGUUUAGUUUAGUCUUCCCUCCUGCCUUUUUUGGGGGGGAGUUCGGGGGGUCACCUCUUUAAAUAUGCAUGUGGCACCUUUUCACAUCAAUGAUCUAUGAAUUCAUUUUAAUUAUUUUAUAAGCCCCUGGAUUUUAAUAACUCCUGUGUUUCAGCUCAUGUUCAAAACUUUCUGCACAUUCAAAAUAUAUCCCACAUAUCUGUGUUCUCUGACAUUUGAAGAAUAAAGUCUUAAUAUUUUGAGAUGUCAUAAUAUUUAUAAAAUAAAAUAAAUCUACCUGUCCUCCUAUACUCUGCUGUAUCAGUCUACGCUCUGCUGAUGUGGUAGUGCCGAUCCCCUUCAGAACCUCUGAAAGACGCAGAACCACGUUUGGGACUGUACUGGAUGAGACAAUGGAGGUGGAAUAUCGAAACUUACUGAAAACACUUCUGAUCAGGCAUAAAUCUCACCUCAAAUCCACACAAAUUUAUGUUAACUUCAUCAACUCCAAUACAGGGCAGCUCACAGCCGCUUCAGAGGGAAGUAUCCUGGAGCAGUGAGGCAGUCCCACACAGAGCAAAGGAGUCUAAGCAAGGGGGACGCAGAACAGCGACACAGAGCUACCGAUCAGAGGAAAGACGCCACACUGCAGUCCAAACUUUAAAAAAAAUGAAAGUCUGAAUAACUGUAGAAUUCCAGGAAAGAUUAACACAUGGACAUUUGACUCAAUAUAUCUAUUAUGACUUUAUUCUGGUAGGUUAUUCUGGUUAGUUGCUUGAUAGGUAGGGUGCACCGUGUUUGUGAUAUUAUGAAAAUAAAACUAUAGUAGGCCUAUUUCAGCCGUUCAUUUUACAGUAGAGCGUGUGUCUUCAGAGAUGGGCGCUCUCUAAAUGACAAGGUGUAUGAAGCAUUGACAGUUUGUUUAGUAGAGAACACUAAAUAAUGAGAGGAUAGAGGAGAUAUCAUGAAUUGUCUUAGUAAUGUCUUAGCCAUGUUUGCUUUAUUUGACGUGCCUGAAC